AUGCGUCUCGGAAAGACGUUUCAGCUACUGAGCUCGCCGGCCACAAACGGCUGCGCAGCCCGUCUCGGUCGACUCGCUCUCCCGGGCCGUCGCGUCAUCGAGACGCCCAACUACACGGCCGUUACGUCGCGAGGAGCCGUGCCUCAUCUCACCCCGGACAACCUGAGCAAGCACACGACGGUGGGCGCAGCUUACUUGGCGCUCGAGGACUUCAUUGAGAAAAAGGAGCCUCCGAUAUACAACUCCCCCGCGGGAGACCAUGGCCGCUUCCACAGCUUCACAUCCCUGCCGCCGGAUAGGACGACGAUACUGGCGGCCCGGCGCUGCCCGCCCGUCAUGACCCCCAUGGGAAACGGUGUAAAGACCGUCAGCCUUCUCACCUCGACGGGAUACACAGGCUUGACCGUCCCGCAGUUUGCGUCGGCCGUCGAGACGCUGCAGCCAGAUGUGGUUGUCGCGUUGGGCGAUGCGCUGCACACGAGCGCCACCCCGGCCUCCAAGAAGCUCUUCAGGAUGGUCGAACGGACCGAGACGUGGGUGGAUGAAUUCCUGCAGCACGUUGGUGGCCGCGAGCGACUGGACGAGCUCGGCAUUUCCCUCUUUGCCCCCGUGCUUCCCGUCGAGCACCCGAUCCAGUGGGACUAUCUCAGGCACCUCGCCGAGGACGUGGCAGACGAGUUGUCCGGGCUGGCCAUUUACGACGUCAACAUCCUUCCGGAGCUCGCCAGCUACAGCCCGCUGGCACCCCUGCCAAGGCUGUCCCUGAACGCUCCGAGGACGCCGCACGAGGUGCUGCGCCAGGUUGCCCUCGGGGUCGAUCUUUGCGCGAUACCCUUUGUCAACAGCGUGUCCGACGCGGGAGUCGCGCUCGUCUUUACCUUUCCGCCGCCAGCAGCCACCGAGACGCUGUCGUUGGGCGUGGACAUGUGGUCGCCGGAACACAGCACAUCAGUAACGCCGCUGCUCGAGGGCUGCCAAUGCUAUGCCUGCACGAGCCACCACCGCGCCUAUCUGCACCAUCUGCUCAACGCCAAGGAGAUGCUGGGCUGGGUGCUGCUCCAGAUCCACAACCAGCACGUCUUCGGCGAGUUCUUUGCGGGCGUUCGGCGCAGCCUGGGCAAUGGAGUGGGCGAGUUUGAGCAAGACAGGCAACGGUUCCGGACGGCAUACGAGCCCGAACUACCGGAGGGGUCUGGGGAAAGACCGCGGGCGAGGGGCUAUCACUUCAAGAGCGAGGCUGCGCAGGAGAGGAUGAACAAGCCGAGCUGGACGGAUUUCGAGGCCAAGGUGGCCGAGCCUGCGUGA